AUGCCACGCACGCCUGCCAUCGAGAAGAGGGAGAGAUUGACGCUCUCUCAGCUCGCAACAUAUGAUGAUAUCUUGACAGAUACCCUUGUGGACCAUGCUUUCUUUUGGACAACAAUUCGCAAAAACAGGACCAAAUAUUUCCCUGUCAGGGGCAUCAAUGAGGACACUAUUACGUCUAUUCUACUUCACGAUGUAAUCGUGGCCAAAGAUGUACCAAAGGCGGAGAAGCAGCUUCUAGCGCUUCCUGGGCUUAAGAAAUUCACCGAUAGGCUUUGUUCUGACCGGGAAAGGGAAUGGUUUCGUCGACAUCUUCGCAAAUAUAUAUCAAUAUAUCUCCCUGAUUGCCCAUUUGAGGUUACAACUACGAAUAGAUAUACGGUUUUGACCCAUGAGGCGGCAGUCUCUGCCAGGAAAUUCAUACCGUCCGGUCAUCCAGUGAAAUAUCUCAGCGGCACACUAGUUUCAAUUACCAAGGAGGAAGAAAACGACCUUGACCUUACCAAACGCGAUUUUAGCAUCGUCAUGUCGACCAGGAAAAAGACUGCUUCCCUGUUUUUGGGGCCUGCGAGAUUUGCGAACCACGACUGUAAUGCCAAUGCGAAACUGGUCACGAGGGGUUUUGAGAGCAUGGAAGUGGUCGCCACCCAGGAUAUCGACAUUGGCAAUGAAAUAACAGUCUCAUAUGGCGACAACUAUUUUGGUGAGGAUAACUGCGAAUGCCUUUGCCAUAGCUGCGAGAUGGCACAACGUAACGGCUGGUCGUCACCAACCGCCUCACGUGUCAACAGCUGGGUGCACAGCUCAUCUGAAUUUGCUGAUGCGUCAGAGCACCCAGCCAGCUCUUCAAAUGGAUGCGAAAAGCACGAGCUGGAAACAGACUCUGAAUCCUCUGAUGGUUUUCUGGGGAAGAAAAGGAAAGUUGAGCGGAAAUCUUCGAAUUUGCGGCUUCAGGAAUCUGUAAAUGAUACAGUGGAUGUCGAUGCAAAAUCAAACCAGGGAUCACCUUCAUUAGUGACAAAUUUGUGCUCGCCACUCGUCGGAAACGCGGAAAAAUCCAAUGAUUCCACUCUACCCGGAGGUAAUAACACUAAGAAUAGAUGCAGAACAGCCAAUAUUCCGCUUUGCGACGAAGAAGUAUCAGCGGCUUGUCGGGCGUCAAGAGAUACUUCUAUUGAAAAUAGCAGCGGUCAAUCAUCUGAAUCGACUGCUGCAACAUCUUGUCCUGGAUCUGGCGACCAGGCAUCACUUACACCGGGGACCGAGGAGUCAACUACAAAGGAACCAGGAAAGACUGAAAAGAUAUCCGAACUACAACUUAAACCUCCAUUUCCUCAAAUAAUUCUUGGAGAUUCAGAAACAGAUCUAUCGGAUUUAUCCACAGUAUCCGAGCCAGUUGAAUCAGAAGCCACAAAUGAUCCCCCCAGACCCAAACGGAAAUACAAAAAACGCGGCCUUCCAUUACCAGUCGUUGAGGAACCUCCAAUCUUCAAGGUUCGUGUCCCCGGGGACUAUACCAAGACUAGUGUUUUACUGGUACAGCGUUGUGAUCGAUGGGUUGAAUGCCAAACAUGCGGUGACUGGUUUGUUCAAGGAGAAGCUUAUUUUACAAGAAAAGAAUGUCCGCGUUGUGAACGGCAUUCUAAAUUAUAUGGAUAUCGAUGGCCCAAAACUGAUAAGGAGGGUAGGCGUGACAAAGAAGAACGGGUAAUGGACCACCGUACCAUUCAUCGUUUCUUAACAAAUGACGAUGAAUCGCGGCUUGAUCGACGGGGUCGGGGACUCGGUGUGAGUACUACUAGUCCUACGCCAGAUGUUUCUGAAACAAGGACGGAGACCGAUGCAAGCGAGAUUGGAGAAGGAAGACGUGUUACUCGCUCAUGUCGACGGGCGUCCCGAAGGUUAGAGGAGAGCUGUGUUUAG